AUGGCGCGCACCAGGCGGGAGAUGGCCGACCUGCUGCGGCCGCAGUUCCUGGAGGCGACGGGCGGGCGGGAGGCGAUGAACUACGGCCAGUUCAUGGCCGUGACGUCCUGCCGCAGCCAGCUGUUCUCCCGCCGGCUGUUCGAGAGCAUGGACGUCGACGGCAGCGGCGACGUCUCCUUCGACGAGUUCGUGGACGCCAUGCACGUGCUGCAGACGCGCGACUCCGGCGCGCGCAUCGAGUUCAUCUUCAACCUGUUCGACCUCGACCGGGAUGGGACCAUCAGCCGCGACGAGCUGGCCGCCGUCCUGGCGGCCAGCGUGGAGGAGGGCAACGUGGGCAUCCCCAGGGAGGAGACGGCCGCCCUCGCGGAGACCUUGCUGCAGCUGUUCGACGCGGACGGAAACCGGCUCGUUUCCCGGGGGGAGUUCCGGCGCGUCAUGACGGACUACCCGGACAUCCUGGAGGGCCUGUCGCUGGAGGGCGUCGCCACCGGGCGGGCCAGGGGGCCAGACAGCGCGGGCGCGUCCGGGGUGGGUCGGGCCUGGGCCUGGGUGGAGAACAACCAGCAGAAGGCGCUGAUGUACCCCACGCUGGGGCUGGUCCUGGCGUGGGCGUUCCUGUGGCGGUUCAUGCGGUACACGGGGGACUGCGACGCCGUAGGCGGCUACAGCGUGGAGAGCAGGCAGGCGGCGGACGCGCAGCCCAUUGUGUGCCAGGACGCCCGCAAGCGGGAACUCAUGGGCUGGGCCCUGCCCGUGGCCAAGGGCGCCGGCCAGGCCAUGAAGAUCAUCUUCUCCGUCAUCCUGUUCCCCGUGUCCCGCAACUUCAUGACCCACCUGAGGGAGACCUUCCUGAGGCACCUGUUCUACUUCGACGGCGCAGUCGCCUUCCACAGGUUCCUGGGCGUGCUGGGUUUCGCCCUGGCGUGGGUGCACGCCGCGGGCCACGCGAUAGACAUACUGCAUUGGACGGACCCCGACAGGUUCGACAAGUGGUUCGACGCUUUUCCGGACGACGACGGCAGGGACGCCGCGAGGCAGGCCGGCUCCCAGCCCAGCCUGCGCGACGUGAUGGGCAGCCCCGUGGGCGUCACAGGCGUCACCCUCAUAGCCAUAUACACCGCAGCCGCCUUCUUCGCCCUCGACUACCCGAAAAAGCUCAAAAUUUUCGACGAAGGCCCGCACGAGAGGGGCAGGCAAAAGUCGGCCGGCAGGCGGCUGGUCCUGGCGCUGGGCCGCACCCUGCGCGACUUCAACUACUUUUGGUACACUCACCAGCUCUUUGCCCUAUUCUACCUGGCCCUCAUCUUCCACCCGAUGCCGCACGUGCCUGACGAGCGGAACGAGUGGGGCUACAGCGACUCGUUCGUGUGGAUAUUCGCGUCCGUGGCGGUGUACCUGACGGAGCGUGUACUGCGGAUGGUUCACGCGGGGCAGCAGACGCCGGUGCUGGCGGCGGAGAUCAUGCCUGGCAACGUGGUCGGCAUCAAGGUCAUGAAGCCGCGCGGCUUCCAGUACUCCUCCGGCCAGUACGUCUUCAUCAACUGCCCGCAGCUGUCACGCUUCGAGUGGCACCCAUUUUCCAUGACGUCAUCCCCCGGCGAGUCCUACAUCAGCGUCCACGUCCGCGCCGCGGGCGACUGGACCCAGGCCCUGUACGACCUCGUCAAGGCCCACCGGCCGCCAAAGCGCGCCACAGCCUCCGACGACCCGGAAGCUGCAGAGACGCCGGACGCCGCCGAAACUGCCCCCCUGCAGUCCAAGCUCUCGGGCCUCAAGGGCCGGUCCCUUUUCUCCAAGGGCGCCGAGAGCGCGCGCCCCGCGUCCAAGAAACGGCAGAGGGUGGUUCUGCGAAGCUCCGGCGGCACCGCAGAGGAGGUCACCCCCGACUGGCAGUUCCAGAUCCUGGUGGACGGGCCCUUCGGCGCGCCCGCCCAGAACUACGGCGCCUAUCGGGUGCUCAUGCUGGUGGGCGCCGGCAUCGGCGUCACGCCCUUCGCGUCGGUGCUCAACGAUGUGCUGGACACCAUGCACCGGAACAAGUGCCCAGGAUGCGGCCUGGUCAACCUGCCGCCCAGCUUCCGGCUGAGGAAGGUGUACUUCUACUGGACGGUGCGGUCGCGGAACGAGGCCGUGUGGUUCAAGCACAUGCUGGAGGCGCUGGCGCUGCAGGACGCGUCUGGCAUCAUUGAGAUCAACAUCCACAUCACGAGGUGUGGUGCGCCCUCCGGGGGUUGUCGGACCGCCCUUGGGCGCGCUUUGUCCAAUGUCAGCUGUGGACAGAAGAGCUGCCGCUUCGGCGUUGGAGUGGGCAUCAAAGCUGUGAAUCAUUAG